AUGCGAGUCAUUCUUUCCAAGCCAAAUUUAUCCGGAAGAAUAACGAAAUGGGCAAUCGAACUCAGUUUCUUUGAUAUAUCCUAUGAACCGAAGGUGUCACACAAAGGACAAGCACUGGCUGAUUUCCUCUUGGAGUAUGAGGAUAAGCCCAAAGAGCCAGGCCCUUCCGAGCUACAAUGGGAGCUUCGGGUGGAUGAAUAUGAGGCCUUGCUCGCAGGACUCCAGUUAGUAAGCCAGCUUCAGGUAACAAGCCAGUAUCAGCCCAAGGAAGAUAGAAUGAAAGCCUAUAGGGAGGCUGUGGAGAAUACCUCACGAGGGUUCGAUCAAAUCGAAUUCCAUCAGGUACCUCGCGAGGAGAAUUCUGAAGCAGAUCAGUUGGUUGCAGCAGCGUCUUCUUUAGAUGAAGAUUUGGUGGAUCCAUUGGAAGCUUACCUUAAGGAGGGGACUCUUCCGAACCAGGAGGCCGAGGCACGGAAACUCAGGCUCACCGCAGCCAAAUAUGCUAUUAUCAAUAAUCAAUUAUAUCGGAAGUCAUUCUCAAAUCCUUACCUGAAAUGUUUAAGUCCCACUGAGGCCCUCACGAUUCUAAACAGAUUUAUGAUGGGGAUUGUGGCAAUCACGAUUCUAAACAGAUUUAAGGUGAAUCCAUGGCCAUUCGCUCAAUGGGGGAUUGAUAUAGUCGGUCAUUUACCCAAAACUGUGGAGAAAAAGGAAUACGUGUUGCUAGCCACAGAUUACUUCACUAAAUGGGUUGAAGCCGAAGCUUACAUAAGCGUGACCUAUGAACAAGUGAAGAGUUUUCUAUGGAACAACAUAAUCUGCCGAUUUGGGGUGUCGAAUGUUAUCAUGAUGGACAAUGGCCCAAACUUGGAUAACCGAAACACAAGAAAGUUCUUCGCCAAGCAUGGGAUUAGGCAGAAGCUGGCUACAGUUAGCCAUCCUCAGGGAAAUGGGCAAGCUGAAAUAACUAACCGAACCAUUUUUAGCUGCUUGAAGAAAAAGUUGGAAAAGCUUAAAUCAAAAUGGUACGAGAAUCUACCUCAGGUGCUUUGGGCAUAUUGA